AUUAGUUUAAAGCCCGAUUACCAAACCGGCAGCGGGCUUAGAACGCCACGGAACGUCCGACGCCGAACAACUUUGUUACCGCUCUCCCAGAACGCGAAUAAAAAUCCCAAAAAAAAAUAUAUUCACAUUAAGAGAGAGAAGAACUGGAGGAACAACAACCGCAGCAGCAGCAGCAGCAGCAACCAGCAGCAGCAGCAGAAGCAACAGCAGCAACAACGAGACACCGCAAAAAUACACGACCGGAGAGACAAUAAAAGUCGGCCAGCGGCCAAAAACGCGCUCAUUGCGUGCGCUGUUUUCGCAACGGCAACGGAAAAUUAGCCCCGGAGAAGGAAAGGGAAAGAGUGUAGUAAGAGAGUGAGAGAGAGAGAUAGGUAGACUGUACGGGAACAGAAUACGGAUUGCGGAAUACGGGAAAAUACACGGAAAUACACGGAGCAGAGAGGAGUCAGGAUGCGACACGCAUUUGUUGGAUUAAUUGUGUGCUGGCUGGCAGUUUGUCAACCGCAAGCUGAGGCGCAGUUUGGAGGCUUCGGAUUCCAGCCGCAGUUCCAGCAGCCCUUCCAGCAGCCCUACCAGCAGCCCCUCCAACAGGUAUACUACAGACCCCAAACCCAAUACCAGCCAGCGGUGGCUUAUCGCCAGCAGCAACCUGUGGCGUAUCAGCAACCACUGGCUUACCAGCAACCCAUAGCUUAUCGACAACCCGUGGUCUACCAACAGCAACCCCAGCGUCGCCAGGGCUCCGUCUCCAAGGCCAACACGAACGCCUACGAGCGGCAGGUGGACUUUGGCAACAAUGUGGAGUACACCCAGGGCCUGUCCAACUCCCGGGCGGUGACCAAACAGAACGGCAACCGCGUGGUGACCAACAGCCAGGCCCAGACCCGCGACGUCGAUCUCGGCGGACUCCAGUUGGGCAACACUCUGACCCGGACGAGGACGAAUGCCAAUGGAGCCGUGUCCCAGGGCAUUGCCGAUCAGUUUAGGAUCGGAAAUGUCGGCCUGGGUGCUUCGUUGUCGCCCCAGAAUCUGCAGAACGGGUUUGGACUGCAGCGCGGCGCUGAUGGUGAUCUGAGACUGGGUCUGGGCUUCCUCAAUCUCGACCUGGACAGGAAUGUCCAGAACUCGAACACCCUGUCGCAGGCGCAGGUGAACGCCCAGGGCAAGGGUGCCCGGGCGGGAUCCAACAGCAACAGCCAGACGAACACCCAGCAGUACGGCGGAGUCACCGUCACGGACACGCGCUCCAAUUCGAAUGCUUUCGGCAAGGCCCGCCGGGGUCAGACCUCGGCCAGCACCGGCGGCUUCGGAGGCACUGCGGCCACCAAUGGCCAGAGCUUCGGGGGUCCCUUCCAGCGGGUGGUGCGCCAGCAGCCGGGUGCCCGCAGGCGGCCCAAGCGGCGGGCACAGUUCGUGCCAUUUGGCUAUCCGGGCGGACCCUUCGCCCCCGGACCCCUCGGCUGGGACAGGCCCCGUCGGCAGUUUGGCGGUUUCGGAGGCUUCGGCGUACCUGGCUUUGGAGGACCCCAAUUUGGACGACCUGAAUAUCAGCCCGAAGGCCCAGAAUACUUCGGCGGCGGCGGUGGCUUCGAGAACUUCCAGCAACAGCAGCCGGGCAGGAAGAAGGGCAACAAGAACCAGCAGCAGCAGGCCCAGGGCAACGCCCACGCCCAGGGAGGACCUGGCUUCAACCAGCAGGCCUCGACGAACAAUCAUGCCGGAAACGGCGAUACCGGAAGCAGCAGCAUCAGCUCGAACCUGGCCCAGGACGGCAGCAGUGGACAGGUGAGCUCCGCGAACACCAACACCCACCAGGGCCAGACGGCCAACGGUGGCUAUGAGAGCAACCAGAACUCGCAGAGCCAGUCGCUGAACUUCAAGCCCGGCCAGCAGCAGGCCUCCAGCGCCAAUGCCAACACCCAGCACACCCAGCAGGGCAACAAGGACACCUACUCCUCGAACAGUGGCUCCACCUCGACGAACAACAACCAGUUCGGAUCGUCAACGAACACGGCCAACACCAACUCGCAGGUGGUGAGGGACGGCAAUCGGCAGGACGCCACCAGUGAUGCCAACAGCCAGAGCAUCUUCCAGGGCAACAACGGCCAGGGCGACGCCACCGCCCAAACGAACGCCCAGACCAGCUCCCAGCAGGGUCCCGGCGGUUUCGUGACGAAUUCCGCCUCCAGCAGUGCCUCGGCCACCGCCCAAAAUGGUCAGUCCGCCAACGCCAACGCUAAUGCCAAUGCUGGUGGCAACGGAUUCGGCAACUUUGGUGGCCAGGGACAGGGCGGUGCGGGAGCCAGUGCCGGCGCCAAUGGCGGUGGCUUCGGCAACUUUGGCGGCGGCGGUAAUGCCAAUGCCAACAGCAACGCCUACGGUCCUGGUCCUGGCUUCGGCGGCUUCGGCUUCUUCGGACGUUAGUCUUUUUUUUUACACUCAAAAAAAAAAAAAAAAGAAGUGAAGAGGUAGCCCCCACAUCACCCCCACCACCACCACCGCCUCUCACUCGCCCUACCUCCUACCGACUAAUUUUUUUUUAUGUCACCCACUUGAGCACAAGAAUAAAAUGCAUUUUGUUAAUUUAAAAAA